AUGGCAAACCCCUGUCCCGCCUGGAGGCGGCUCUAUUUAGCUGUCCUUCUCGUCGCAUCUCUGCUUUGUGGGCUUUCAGCCGCAAAUGACACAAGUCCCCCUGCCUGUCGUUGCAUGCCACAAGAUCCCUGCUGGCCCGAGGAUCAACUAUGGGCCAAAUUCAACAAAACAGUGGACGGGAACUUGAUUGCAACAGUCCCAAUUGCCAGCGUGUGUCACAUAGACUCGUUCACACCAUACGAGCAAUCGCAAUGCGCGCAACUCCAGUCCACUUGGGGAUUCCCAGAAACGCACUAUGAAAGCUCCUCAUCAAUUAUGGCGCCGAUGUACACGAAUUUAAGCUGCAAUGCCUUCUCGUCCAAGACUUCACCUUGCACGAUCGGGAAUUACGUCCAGUACACCGUGAAUGCGACAGAUGCUGCACAUGUUCAGAAAACCAUUGAUUUUGCAGCUCGUCACAAUAUCCGUCUUGUCAUCCGUAAUACUGGACAUGACCUACUUGGGAAGUCUACUGGAGCUGGGGGGCUGGCGAUCUGGAUGCAUUACAUGAAAGACAUUUCCAUUGUGGACUACGACUCAACAACCUAUUCCGGCAAGGCCGUGAAGAUGGGAGCUGGCGUUCAAUCUUUUGAAGGCAGCGACGCGGCCUAUAGAGCUGGUCUUGUUAUCGUGGGCGGCAAUUGUCCAACCGUCGGAUUGGCGGGUGGAUAUUCGCAAGGCGGCGGGCAUGGCCAACUGGUGUCGCAUGUUGGGCUCGCCGCUGACCAGGUCCUGGAAUGGGAGGUUGUCAUCGCGAAUGGGAAGCUGGUCACCGCAUCUCCAACGAAUCACCCAGACCUGUACUGGGCUUUGUCAGGUGGCGGGGGAGGGACUUACGGUGUUGUUGUGUCAAUGACGAGCAAGGCCUACCCCGAGCUGCCGACGACAUCGGGUAACUUGACAUUCUCCGACACCGGCGUAUCUCGAGAUACGUUCUUUGCAGCGGUCGCCAUGUUUGUAUCGGUUCUGCCGUCGAUCGGGGAUGCUGGAGGUACUAGUAUUUGGUGGUUAACGAACACGGCACUGUCAACGACUCCUACGACCAUUCCUGGUGGCACAGCGACGCUUUUCAAUUCUCUCUUUAGACCUUUGGUUGCAUUCCUCGAACAGAACAAGAUACAGUACACAUAUUAUGUGAACGAUUUCCCUACAUACUACGACGCCUACCAGACGAUGAGCCCGUCGAUCAACAUAACCGAUCAACUUCCUGGUGGUCGGCUUAUUCCAAGGUCCGUAGUCGAACAAAGUCUGCCCGAUCUAAACAACAUGUUCCGUCAUAUUGUCGAAAGAAACGCCGAAUUCCUCAUUUCAGGAGUCAUGGUGAACUCGUCUCGAGUUGCAUAUCCCGACAACAGUGUCAACCCAGCUUGGCGAGAUGCGUUGAUGAAUGUCGUAAUUGGAGCGCCGUUCGACUAUACUGACUGGGAUGGCAAUGUUGCUCGCAAGCAGCUCAUUACCGAUGAACUUAUGCCACCCUGGAAGAGUUGA